UUAAAAAAAAAAAUUAAAACAGAAAACAGAGACGAGAGAGAGAGGAGAGACCCUUCUUCACGCGUUUACCACCUCCCUCCUCUUCUUCUUCUUCCUCCUUCUGCUCAAAUUCCUUCUCUCUAUAUUUGCAGGGGAAUUCACAUUCCUUUCAAUUCCUUCCCGUUUCCCUUCAACUUCCCCCCCUCUCCCCCCCUCUCUCUCUCUCUCUCUCUCUCUUUGACUGUUUAAAAUUCUCUGUUUCUCUCCAUGUCAGAGAUCCAUGGAAGACCUAUUAAUCUCUGUUAAUUCGUUUCUAUUUCCAGAUCCGUACCAACCUAGUGCACCUUACCUCACCUAAAAUCGUUUCACCUCCUCGAAUCUCAGCCGUCUGAUCGGAACUUACAGAUCCUUCGGCCUCAUAUAUAAAAACCCAACAUGAAGACCACAUCCCGGCUCUUCACAAUCGGACUAGUGACCUCUUGGUACUCCUCAAAUAUCGGGGUUCUGUUACUGAAUAAGUACUUGCUAAGCAAUUAUGGGUUCAAGUACCCGAUCUUUCUCACCAUGUGCCAUAUGACCGCUUGUAGUUUGCUAAGCUAUGUGGCCAUUGCAUGGAUGAAGAUGGUUCCUAUGCAGACAAUUCGUUCCCGCCUUCAAUUCCUCAAGAUCUCCGCCUUGAGUCUCGUUUUCUGUGUGUCGGUCGUGUUUGGUAAUAUUUCCUUGAGGUUUCUUCCCGUUUCGUUUAAUCAGGCUAUUGGAGCUACGACGCCGUUUUUCACUGCAAUUUUCGCUUAUUUGAUGACCCUUAAGAGGGAGGCAUGGCUUACUUACGUCACCUUGAUUCCCGUCGUUACUGGAGUUAUUAUUGCCAGUGGGGGUGAACCGAGUUUUCAUCUAUUUGGGUUUAUAAUGUGUAUUGCUGCUACAGCUGCAAGGGCACUCAAAUCAGUGCUGCAAGGGAUUUUGCUUUCAUCCGAGGGGGAGAAGCUGAAUUCUAUGAACUUACUACUGUACAUGGCUCCUAUAGCUGUUGUGUUUCUACUCCCUGCAACUCUUAUUAUGGAAGAUAACGUGGUUGGCAUUACACUGGCUCUUGCCAGAGACGAUAUCAAGAUUGUUUGGUACCUACUAUUCAACUCGGCGCUUGCAUAUUUUGUAAAUUUGACCAAUUUUUUGGUCACAAAACACACCAGUGCUCUGACCCUACAGGUUCUAGGAAAUGCAAAGGGGGCAGUAGCCGUUGUGGUUUCAAUUUUAAUUUUCAGAAACCCAGUUUCUGUUACCGGAAUGCUUGGAUAUACGCUUACGGUAUUUGGAGUCAUCCUCUACAGCGAAGCCAAGAAACGGAGCAAAUGAAGAGUAUUUCUGUGAAAAUCUGAAGUGCAGCUUUCCACAUAUAUAUUUUGAUUCCAUCAGUGCCAGGACAGGAAAACAGCAGCAAAGCUUCUUAGGGAACAGUUUGGGCUGCGAAUGGCGCCUAUGGAUUUUGCCUCUAAAUUCUAUUUUUUCUUUAACGCGGAACCUGGAGAUUGGUUUCCAUUUGUAUCAGCAACAGGUGCAGGAUUAGCAACAAGUAGAAAACUUAAAAUAAGUCCAUUUAUCUCUAUUUGUCCCGGACAGGGGUUGUAGAGGAAAUACUAUUUUUCUCUUUUUUUUUUUAAAUUCUUUCAGGAAAUGAUUGUAGAAUUGGGUCUUACAGAAUCAGUUUGUUGUUGACAUUUUCAUAUUGAUUAAUUAAUGAAGAAACUGUCCAAAUUUUUACUGCAA